AUGCCCCCCAAACAACACACUUCUUGUGUCCCUUCAGGAUCAUCCUCCACACCUACUGCCAAACGCCAUCGAGGCCCCAAAGAAACCCCAGAAGCUCCCAAGCAAAUGGACACAGCCAGGCCCACAGCACAGCCGCUCAAUGUGACCACUCCAAUUCCACCUCCACCACCUGCCCCUGUCCUGCAAAUACCAGUAUUGGUCAAGACUGCUGAGGACAAUGAGUCGGAUGAUUUGAUUCAUCCUGACGACAACCCACACCUCCCCCCAAGGAACGUUUUCAAAACUAUGUUGACACAUGUCACAAUCUUUUUCAGGACUAUGAUGACACCAAACCACCUGGAAGUAAACAUUCUCCUCAAGAUCACCAACCUGCGCAUGAUAUUGAUUUAUUCAAUUUACUUGAUCACAAACUUGAAUAUUCAAUUAGCAUCUGCACCUGCCAGCCCAAAGCCAUCCAACUACUCCGCCAAGGAUACAUAG